AUGGAUGCGAAGUUUCCCGACUAUGUUCGAGAGGGUGAUAUUGAGUAUCCGUUCGAAGAAACAGAUGGUGUUGGUGACGAGAAUCGCAUCAGAGGAAACUGGUGUUCGAAAACGGACUACAUGUUGGCUAUUGUUGGGUUUACUUUUGGUAUUGGAAAUCUAUGGCGAUUUCCAUUCCUCGUGUUCCGACACGGUGGAAUAGCAUUUUUCGUCCCCUACCUCGUAGUUCUCAUCAUCGCUGCUCUGCCCAUGUUUUUCAUGGAGCUGGUGCUCGGACAGUUUUCUUCGCUAGCAGCAAUUUCUGUGUGGAACGUUGUUCCACUUUUCAAAGGUGUUGGCGUGGCGAUGGUGUUUGUGUCUUGUAUACUAGCGAUAUACCUCAGUCUAGUUUCUGCUUGGUCACUGUUCUACUUCAUUAAUUCUGUCAGUUUCUCUCUUCCGUGGUCAAAUUGUGAGAACUCGUGGAGUGGAUUAAGUAGUGAUGUCGUUUUGAUGUUGUCCAAUGAAUUCACAACGGUGGGUACUCUAAAUUGGUAUUUGGGUAUGUGCGUAUUGCUCUCAUGGAUGGCUGUGUUUCUCUGCCUUUUUCAAGGAGUUAAGUCAAGUGGUAAGGUAGUGUAUGUGGUGGUGGUGCUGCCGUUUAUAAUAAUGACUGUGCUACUUGCUAGACUUUUGACACUUGAAGGAUCUGUUGUGGCUCUUGUUCAUUUUCUUCGUCCAGACUGGCGUGCCGUCAAGGAUCUCACGGUGUGGGGAGAAGCUGCAGUGCACGCAUUUUACACAGUGGCUUGCUGUACUGGAGGUCUUCAUACGACUUCAAGCUACAAUCGUUUCCAUAACAAUUUGUUCAAAGACGUUUGGAUGGUUCUGAUUGUUGAUAUUAUCACUUCAAUGAUUUGUUGUGUGCUUACAUUCUCUGCAAUCGGAUUCACGUGCUUUCAGUUUUCCAUCUCACUGGAUAAAUUUCAUAUAAAAGAUGGAGCACAUCUUAUAUUCGUAUUCUUGGCCGAAGCGUUGGCUGGAGUACCUGUUGCGCCACUUUACACUGGAUUGUUCUUUUUAAUGGUGGUCCUAAUUGUUCACUCAACACAGCUCUUUGUUGUGGAGACGAUCGUGACCUCUAUGUGCGAUGAGUUUCCAGAACGUCUGCGUCGCAACAGGCGUCAUGUUUUGACUAGCGUAUGCGCCGUGUUUAUGAUUUUGAGUAUACCUUUUUGUCUGUCGGCUGGGUUGUACUGGUUAUUAUUGCUUGCAAAGUUCACCUUUACUUGGCCUCUUGUUGUAAUCGCUUUUCUUGAGUGCAUGGCAAUCAGCUGGGUGUACGGUAUAGACAACUUAUUGGAUAACAUUAAAUGGAUGAUUGGUUCAUAUCCACCGUGCUACAUAUACUGGAAAAUUCUCUGGAAGUUCGUAUGUCCAAUGACAUAUUUGGUACGUGGUUCCAAUAUUUGUUUCCAAAAUCCUUUACUUCCUUUGAAAUGGAAUAGUCUUGAAAUCUCAGAGGAACAUUUGGUUUUGUAA